AUGAAUCAAAUUCGUGAAUUCACAACUUCGGCUACAAGAAACUAUAGAGCAUAUAGAGCUCCAAGAUUUUGGGAUUACUCCACUAAACAAACAUUCGGCAAACACUUAAAUUUAAAUUCAAUGAGAUCAUGGGGUCGCCACUACCAUGGAGCGCCUUAUGGUCCAUGGGGUCAUAGAUUUAAUCGCGGUUUCCAUCAUCACCGUCGUGGUGGUAUAUUUGGAUACUUAUUAGUUGGGGGUAUAGGUUAUUGGUUUGGAUACCAUGCAAAUCCUGACAGAUGGGAUCAAAGACAUAAAGAGAAGUUGGAAAGAUGGAGUAGAAACAGAGAUGAAUGGUGGAAUACUAGAUGGGAAAAUCAUCCAAAACAAACUGAAACAAGAAAUGAAGAGUCCAUAAUUCCAACACACGAAAGUAAAAAUUCUUCUUCUUCAUACGGUUUAUGGAAAUCAUAA